AUGUCGCACAUGCUAAGAAGCGUCAAGAAUGUCACCAAGGGCUACUCGUCAGUUCAGGUCAAAGUCAGAAAUGCGACCAGCAACGACCCUUGGGGCCCGACAGGCACCGACAUGGCCGACAUUGCCAAGAUCACCUACAACAGCUCGACGGAUUUCUACGAGGUCAUGGACAUGCUUGACAAGCGUCUCAACGACAAGGGCAAGAACUGGCGUCACGUCUUGAAGUCGCUCAAGGUUCUCGACUACUGCCUUCACGAGGGCUCCGAGCUGUGUGUCACUUGGGCUCGCAAGAACAUCUACAUCAUCCGCACCCUCCGCGAGUUUAUCUACCUUGACGAAGAGGGUCGCGAUGUUGGACAGAACAUCCGUGUCUCGGCGAAGGAGCUGACGUCGCUCAUAAUGGACGAAGAACGCCUGCGCUCCGAACGUCAGAACAGACAUUCAUGGAAAUCAAGAGUCACCGGCCUCGAGGACAUGUCUGGCGGACCCGGAGGUUACGAAAGCGAGACACACUCGACACCCAGGAAGCCUCGCGAGCGCCCCAACAGGGUUCGCACCGAGGACGAAGAUCUCGAAUACCGACUGGCGCUCGAGGCAAGCAAGAACGAGGCCGAGGAAGAUGCUAGAAGACGUGCCAUGAAGAACAGAGGCCCCGAGGAAGACGACGACGAUCUGGCCAAGGCACUCAGGCUGAGCAAGGAAGAGGAAGAAGCACGCAAGCGCGAAUUCGACGACGCAAACGCAAGCUCACUCUUCGACGACACGCCAGCGCAGAUGCAGCAGCCCACAGGCCUCAACCAGGGCUACCAGCAGCAGACGGCCGUCGACUGGUUCGGUAACCCCAUGGGCCAGCAACAACAGCCUCAGUCCACUGGUUACCUGAACAACGCCUACAACCAACAACCACUCCAAGCACAGCAAACUGCUUUCCCCGCGCAAGACUACUCCGGCUACUACCAACAGCCCCAACCAACUGGCUUUGAUCAGUCUUUCCAGCAACAGCAACAGCCGCAGCAGCAGUUCAUGCAGUCUCAGCCAACUAGUUACAACCCGUGGGCUACUCAGGUCCAAGCUCAGCAACAGCAGCCACAGCAGACCGCUCAGGCCGGCUCCAACAACCCAUGGGCUCUCUCGUCUCCCGCCUCACAAGAAGCUCUGCGUCCUCAGGCCACUGGAUCAAACAACCCCUUCGCCUCGUCCUUCAACCGCCCCCAGCAGACAUCACAAAGAGCCCCUACCUUGUCGGCCCUGCAAGAGCAAAAGACCGCCACGCAGUUCAGCCAACCUGCGUACAACCCCAUCACCAGCUACCAGGCUCCUCCACCCGCCGCUGCUCCCUUCCAACAACCCGCUCAGACCGCUCAGCCUAUGGAUCCUCAUCGUGCACAGCUCAACGCUCUGCUUUCCUCCGGCGAAGGUCAAGACACUUUUGGCAAUGUUGGCAACAUGCGCAUUCCUGCCCAGCACACUGCUCCUGGCACCUUCGUCAACAGUGCCGGCCAAGGACUCACCAAGCUCGAAGCUUCUCGCACCGGCAAUAAUCCUUUCCUCCAAACUCAAUUCACUGGUAUGCCCCAGCAGCAGUACCCUGCCCAAACAGGACCUGCAAACGGCUACGCAUCAUCCAAUCCUUUCGGUCAAAAGCAGCAAGGUCCCCAACAAUCUGGCAGUCUUAUUGACCUAUGA